AUGCUGCAGGAGGUGGGCUUCUGGUGCUCGGAGGAGGAGCUCGGCGGCGGUGGAGCGUCGGACGCCGACCGACCGAACCCCCUCCUCCUGGUGGACGACGCCUGGUUCGCCGAGUGUCACCCGGCGCUGCUGAAGACGAUCGAGUGGUACCUCACCCGCGGGGCGUUCGUGGAGAGCCACGAGCUCGCCUACAGCUUCUGCCGGUUCCCGAACUGCUCGCUGGCGUUGGAGCAGCCUCGAGUCAUGGGCGCGUGCACCAUGACCGACGGCGUUUACUGCUGGCCCGAGGGAUACUGGCACUAUGUGAGCCACCACCACGUCAAGCCACCGCAGGCGUUCCUGGAUCACCUACUGGAGAGAUACGGCACGAUGGUCGAAGCGAAGAGGAAGGCCAAGGAGGACAAGAAAUUGCUGCUCUGGGACGAAGUAGAGCAGAAAGCGGUGGACAUGCCACGCGCUAUGCAGGAGUGGAUCAUCAACUACACGACCAUCCAAGUUGACCCGUGA